CCGGGUAACCAACAAACGGGAUAUACUACGCCGUAAUCUUGUGAAAGGCCUAAAGGAUGAUAGAGACAACGGGGAAGGUCGAGUAUAGCAAGUCGAAGACGAUCCCCUGUGAUGGCAGCAAUGAUGAUGAUGAGGAGGAGGCUAAUAAUUACCUGCCCUUGAAGUAUGAGAAGACGCUGGACUUGGAGAAGGGGAAUGAGUUGAGUGGCACGCAACAAUCAGGUGAGCUGGCCAGCUCCCCGAAGGGGGCCAAAUCGAAGGGUGUGAAGGGCGACGCAGCGGUAGAGCCUCCCAAGAUGGGCACCCUUGAUGAAGGCACUAUGGAGACAACCAGUGGAGGAGGCACCCCUUUCGAUCUGAACGUCAGCAUGGGUAUGAAAAAAGCGUUGCAUGGGGAUGCUCCUGCAAAUUCGAGUCAAGCGGGAAAUGGAGGACUCCCCCAGAUUUUGGACCACUUGGAGGAAGAGACAGACAACAUGUACAGCAGGAAGGUCGCCAGUACGAAGUAUUACGGCACGGGUAGCAGCGGGGAGAGUAGGGAUAACGAAGAGAGCGGUUAUCCGAAGGGGUUCUCCUCCCCUGUGCAGGGAAAAAAAGGCGAAGGUGCUUCCCCCUACGGGGUUGACGCAGAUGGGGUGAAGCACAGCAUGGCGGAGGCGUCAAAAGCGUCAAAAGGGGGUCUGCCCGAGGAUACCUAUACAACAAAUUGCAGCAACUUGGCAGAAGGGGAGAAGGACAUGUUCGCGAAGAUGAUGGAAGAGCAGGCGAAGAAGAGUAGCAUUAAUGGUGGCCAUAAGAAUGGCGAAAAAGAAAGCAACCCCUUCUGCAUGACCACCGGAAAGUUUUCAAAGCAGGGUGAGGGCAGCACGGAUUAUAACAACGCGUAUGUGCAUGGAAGGGAAGACAACAGUAGGGAAGUCGCGUCGUGCCACCAGACCGAUGGUGAGAAGGAAUGUUUGGCCAACUGCCCCGAUGCGCUGAUGGGGGGGAAGUGGAACGAGGGUCUACAUGUAGGUGGCCACCUCUAUGCAGACCACCAUCCCCAGGACGAGGACAAGUGCAGCACGGAAGACGUGGUCUACAUGGGGAUGCAAACGAGUGGAAGCAAAGCACAGCAGUGUGAAGGGGAGAGCAAAAACUCUCCAUACGUAAAGAAGGAAGACUUAAAAACGAUUGCAUGUCAGCAGGACAUUUUCAACGAUACUGAAAAUGCGAAUGAUAGCACGACGGAAUGCUCCUCGUCUGUGAAGGAUAUUCCCCAAUUGGUUACAAACCAUCCGGGGGUCUAUGCGAAUAGGGUAGGUGAGAAGGAGGUCGUCUCCAUCACCUCUGGGUAUUUUGCCUCCUACACGGAUGGUAAAACUUUUGAGUGCAAAAAUUCUUCGGCAGCGAAAGGACCCCACUCGGAAAAGGAAAAGGAGUCAAUAAUUUGCGACGACUUGGGGUUCGGCCCUGUUGUGAGUAACGCCGCAAACAAUGGUGAAGCGAAGGUGGAGGGAGAGAAAAACGCGUUUGCUGAGGCCGCUCAGAUUGCUGAGGUUGGCGGUGAGCCGAGCAACGGUGCGGUAGGUCGCUACUUAGCAGCAGGCCAUACUAAUAAGGCCCUUUGCGCGCCGGGCGUUAGUGACGCUGCUGUGGAGAAGAAGUGCGUGGUGAGUGAGAAGAGGGGGCAGGGCGGCCCGAUUAGCAUCCAGGUUAGCCCCCCUACUAGCGGCACUAAUAUUAACAAUGGGAGUCGAAAUUUCAACAGCAGCAAGAGGGACUCCCUCCACGGGGAAGCUCGCUCCCCAAACGAGGCGCUGUACAAGAAGAAGAGCUUGUACCCUGGGAAGGAGGUAGACAGCAUGAAGAAGAAGAACGAAACGACGCUGCGAAAGAGCCAACUGAUGGAGUACCCCCAAAAUGAAAAUGAAGAAUCUUUGGAGGAGUAUUUUAAAAGCACAAUUCCGGAGAACAUUCUGAGGAAUAUAAAAUAUGAGAAUCCGUCGAACACGUAUAAUGACAUGCUUAGCAACAAUGGCCAUUACGAUUUAACUAGCGAAUUGAGGAACAGCAAUCCAACGAGCACUUAUUAUGCGUCCGGGCGUGGUAGAGACAUGGGAGAGAAGAAAAGCGCUGAGGUGGUGAACAACUCGGGGGUGGCGUCCCCGGGCAUGAAUCUUAGAAGCAGAGCAGCAGGAGGGGCGGCCUCGGCUGCAGUUGCGCCGGGGGCGGCAGUUGCGACCGCGGCGCCUGUUGCGGGGGGGACGACCGUCGGGGGGAGAGAUGCAUACCAUGUGCAAGCAGACAAAGGAGUGGACGCCCGGGAGGACCCCCAGGCGGCGCGCAAGCAGAACAACGGCGGUUACAGCUACAUGGGGAGCGGCUACAUGGGGAGCGGCUACAAUGGGGGGGGCUACACCGGAAGCGGCUACAACGCAAGCGGCUACAACGCAAGCGGCUACAACGCAAGCGGCUACAACGGCUACUACAGUGUGGAGAAGGACCCCGGAAUGGCCACGAGAAACACGCGAGUUUGCAACGAGCCGGAAUCGAAUUACGCCUCGGGGAAGAGGUACUACUUGUUGCCGCCCAAAAAAUGUGACGCCGUGAAGGAGCAGAAGAACCAGAUGUUGAUGAUUUCGAAGCAGAAAAUUAAGAAAAUUUGGAACAAGUUUAAGAACGGCGCGUCUAAGGAGCAGAACCUCAUUCCGACGUUCGAGAACGAGCACAAUUUGUUCCCCAACAUGGAGGUUCUGCACGGGCAGAAGGUGCACGCGCAGAUAGGCGGUACGCAAAUGAACGCCCCGAUGAACGCGUCGUUAAACGCGCCGAUGAACGCUCAGAUAAACGCGUCGCUAAACGCCCAGCUGGGGGUGCCGAUGCACCCGCAGGUGACGCCUCCUCUGCACGGGCAGUUACCGGGGCAGCUUCCGGGGCAGAUGCACAGCGAGUUCUACGGCGUGUCGGGCCCCUUCCAAACGUGCAGCCAAGGAGCAGUUGGCAUCGGCGCCGGCGUGGGGGCGGGCCCGUUGAUGAGUCCCUUCAAGGAAUGCAUUAACAAGCCGAUUCGCCGAGGCAGCAACGUGAUCGAGAAGCAAAUAAAGGCGAAGUGCAUUUUCAACUGGAAGUUGGCGCAGAAGUCUCUGCUCAAAAUGUUGCAUAGCGCACACAACUACUACUUUAACGGGGUGGAAUACGCAGACUGGCAAUUGACAUGCAUCCCGACGUUGGGUUUUUCCAAAUCGAGUAACCGCGUGCAGCAGAUGUAUAAAGCAGUGAUUCCCUCGAAGGAUGCGAACAGUAAGAAUGAGGUGAAGCUGUUCUUGAAGAAGGUGCCUAUAUACAUAUGGAUCAAGCAGUACAACCUGAUGAGUGAGUACGAUGGAGAGUACGUAACCGAUGGGGAGAAUUUCGUGAUGGAGGCGACUUCUUUAGCAUUCCUGAAUGAGUACCACCCAGGGAUAACCCCCAAGUUGCAUCGCAUUUUAUACGAGCCAGAUGGCAAGCAACCAAAUGAGUGCAAUAUCCCCCCCAAAUCCAUGUUCAACAGUUUAACUCUAUUUAAUGACAUUCUAACGGAGCGAUUAAAGUGCAAUAUAAGUGGCAAUAUUGUCAUCGUCUCGGAGUUCUUCAGUGAGGACAUCUUAGAUUUCAUUGACCGUAGACAGAAGAAGCUAAACAUGAAGAUUAAUAAUAAUGAAAAGAGCUACAUACUCUACCAAUGUUUGAAGUUGCUAAUAAGAUUGCACGAUGCGGGGUUAUCUCACUUAGAUUUGACGCCAGAAAAUAUUUUAAUUUCGGACAAUUAUGAGAUGCGUCUGUGUGAUUUGUCUAAGAGUACUCCCAUAUAUACGUAUAAUUUGAGACACAUAAAGGAUGUGAAUCGGCUGUACCUGUUUGAGUCUUGCGAGCCUACCAUUGCCAAGGGGGCUUACAUGCCUCCCGAGUGCUGGAAGAUCUACUGGAAAUACGACACGAUGAAGAUUAAGAACCCGCUAAAAGAUUUGAAGAACAUCACCGAUCAGGAGAAGCGCAAGCAGUUUUACUUCGACGUCUCUAGCGCGGACAAGUUCAUGCUGGGGGUGUUCUUCUUCUGGAUCUGGACCAACGGGAACUUGUGGAAGUGCUCCGACCCCCUGCAGGACGAGGACUUCUUCUACUUCGUCAAGUGCGACAUGAACUUCGACAAGUUCGAGUUGACUCGCAAGUGGCCGACCGACUUGAAGAACAUCAUCAAGCAACUGCUACACGUGGAGCACCGGAAGAAGCUGAACCUGAAGGACCUGAGCAUGCACCCCUGGUGGUCCUGCAAGCUGCAGUGA